AUGCUGGCAAGAGGUUUGAAAGCCACAGCUAGGCUUAAACGCCAGUCAGCAAGCCUUUACGCAGGCUCGGUUUGGAUUAGAUGUGCAAGUAACGUUAAGACAUAUAUACCCAAGCCUACCACCAGAGUUAGGCGUCCAAAGACUGAAAAGGAGCUUGCGAGGGAGAAAUUUGAAGAGCAAUUGAACUCACCAAACAGAUUUAUCAGAUGGGGUGCCAUAGCAAGAUCUGAAAGGUUCAGUAAAGGUAUGACAAAAUACCUGAUCGGAGCAUACAUCCUGUUCCUUGGCUACGGUCUUUAUUUCAUGAAGAAGGUGUAUGCAAAAGAUAAGGAGCUUGAGAAACUGAGGAAUAAGGAGAAAAGUGGCAAUAUCAAUGAGUAUGAGCAUCUAAGAAUAAAAGAGCUGACCGGUAAAUUGAGGAGAAGAGAUGAACUUAAACUGAUCACUUACAACAAGAUGAUUGAGGAAGGAGUCCGGGAUUUUGACAACGUCAAACUAGAGAACAAUGAUCAAAACAAGUUGAAUGAGAAAAUCCUACCUGCCAGAGACACUACAGCAUUCUACGAGGGCAAAGCAGAGGAGUAUGACGACGAUGUGAACUUUGAAGAGAGAGCUAUCUUUAUGGGCAGAAGGCGUAAGUGGCUCAUGAGGCAUUGUGAAGGAGACGUUUUGGAAGUCGCGUGCGGUACAGGCAGAAAUAUCAAGUAUUUGAAUCCGGAAAGGAUUAGUUCAAUUACCUUCCUGGACUCUUCUGAAAAGAUGGUGGAGAUAACUUACAAGAAGUUCAAGGAAAAGUUCCCAUCCUUCCAGAAAGCUGCCUUUGUGGUUGGUAAAGCCGAAAACUUGGUCGAUCUGGCCAAAGGAAAUAAGGUUGACCAGUCCGAUUUGAAGAGCAGUAAUGAAAACCUUGAGGCUAUUCAAAAGGAUGAAACUAAGGUCAAGUACGAUACGAUCGUGGAGACCUUCGGCUUGUGUUCACAUGAGGAUCCUGUCAAAGCGUUAAAGAACUUUGCUAUACUGCUGAAGCCUGAAGGCAGAAUCGUAUUGCUAGAGCAUGGUAGAGGCUCUUAUGGAUUUAUCAACAAGAUAUUGGAUGAUAGGGCCGAAAAACGUCUCAGAACGUGGGGUUGCAGGUGGAACUUGGACAUCGGUGAAAUCCUAGAUGAUUCGGGCCUCGAGAUUGUGGAGGAGGCCAGAACCCAUUUGGGUACCACAUGGUGUAUUGUGGCUAAGAAGAAGGGCGCUACCAAAAAGAAGUCGGAAGUGGGUUUCUUCGAGAAGUAUCUCGGUUCCAGCAUCCGAAACAAACUGGAAGCGCUAGAUGAUUCUAACGAAAAGACGAAAUAG